AUGAUAUCAGAUGAUUCUGAAACAUGUUAUAAUGAAACAUUUGGAGAGGCAGUUAAUGGUUACAGAGCCAGAAUACCCUGUGCAAACAAUGAGGAAGGAGAAAAGAGUGCAUUGUGCACCAAAACAAGAAAUGAACUCAUAUAUAUUGAAAUACAAGACACCUGCCUACUGCAACCCAUUAAGGAGCUGCUUGACCAGUCUAAGGUCUUGACUGCCACUACACUGCCAGCAUUUUUGCAACAGCUCAGAAAUGUUACUGAUGAGAAUUCUAAGCAAGUGGUUAACUCACCUAAAAAUAUUGAUGCUGUUGUUCAAAUCCUCACAAAUGUGGCCAACAGAAUAGUAUUAUUCAAUAUCUCAAUCAAUGAAAACUCAAUGAAGGAUAUCCUGAGAACUGCAGGUGUUCUCACCACAGAUCAGGCAAAGGACUCAUGGAACUUUCUGAACAACAAUGAUAAAAGUAUCUCGUAUAACAUCUCUAACCCUGGCAAUGUUAGUUCAUCAUUAUUGCAGUCUCUUGAAAGAAUAACAGAAAACCUUACCAAUUUCAAUAAUUCUGGUAUUGACACGCCUUUUAUCAUCUUGAACAGAACUAUAUACACAAACCCUAUCAUUGGUGAUUUUAAUUCUUCAGUGGUGAUAGAAAUACCACAGAAUGAGGGUAGAAAUAACUUAAUCACAGUGAUAACAUUUGCCUCGCUGAAUAAUGUACUCCCUGCAAGAGAAAUAGACAAUUCAUCGAUUAAGGUCAUCGGUGGCAGGGUUGUACUUGUUCAGUCCAGUGGCCAAAUCAAUAAUAUCUCUUUGACAUUUGAUAUUUUAAAUGAUACACUGAGAGAUCCAAAAUGUGUCUUCUGGAACUUCAGUCUCUUUAAUGAUCUCGGAGGAUGGGACGAUGAGGGCUGUGAAGUGGUAAAUAUAAAUGAAACUGGAACUGUCACCUGCAACUGCAACCACCUGACCUCAUUCUCUAUCCUGAUGUCACCAAACAGUCCAAAAUGCCCAAUUUUGGACUAUAUAACCUACACUGGAGUUGCCAUUUCCAUGGGUUCCUUGGUCAUAUGUCUCAUCAUUGAAGGCCUCAUAUGGAGAAAAAUAAGAACGAAUGAAACCUCUUACCUGCGUCAUGUUUCCAUAGUUAACAUUGCUGUGUCCCUCCUGAUUGCAGAUAUUUGGUUUAUAAUUGGAGCAGCCAUUUCAGAUGCAGUUCAUAAAAACCACUCAGCAUGCACUGCAGCUACCUUUUUUAACCAUUUGUUCUACCUAGCUCUGUUCUUCUGGAUGUUUGCCUCAGCUCUGUUGCUGCUCUACCGUACAACUAAUGUCUUUGGUGGGGGUUUGUCUAAAGCAUCUAUGCUGGCCAUUGGAUUUUCUCUAGGCUACGGAGCUCCUCUAAUCAUAGCAACAGUAACUAUAGCUGCAACUGCACCUGACGACAAGUAUAUCAUAAAAAAUGUAAUCUGCUGGCUCAACUGGGAUGAGUCCAAAGCUCUACUGGCGUUUGUGAUUCCUGCACUUUCAAUAGUGCUGAUAAAUUUCAUUAUCCUGGUUGUGGUUUUGUACAAAAUUAUAAAGAGAAGGGUUGGAACAACUGCUGCACAAUCAGGUGAAAGGAGCGUUUUACUGGUUAUUGUCAAGAGUUUGGCUGUGCUUACACCAUUUUUUGGAAUAACUUGGGGUUUGGGAGCUGGACUUCUGGUGGCUGAGCCAGACAUAGGAAUCCAUAUUGCAUUUGCAUUCUUCAAUUCUCUACAGGGCUUCUUUAUUUUGGUGUUUGGAACACUGCUGGAUGGUAAGGUGCGGUCAGCAAUAUCAUCAUAUGCACGACGGUCCAGAAGUGGGACAGGGAGCACAAGUGCUGGAAACUCAUCGUCGAGUGGACUUCGAUUUUUAAGGAACUGGAGACGUGGAAGAGAUGGCUACAACAUGACAUCCAGUGCAUCCAGUGAUUUACAUUCGGCUAGCAACACAUAA